AUGAAACUACUCUUCCAAGGCACUGCAAUCUUCGCCCUUCUUAUCGUCAACGCAUCUGCUGAAAAAAGUGGCAUUUUUGCCGCUAACGGUGUCGAGCUCGAAGUUUACCAAUCCGGCGAGGAUAUCAUCUACGGAGAACCUCAAAGCUUGGUCCAGGCGAGAGAUCUUGAGGGCCGAGCAACCAACGCGUGCACCAAGUGUGUUGGUCACCAUGGAAGUUGUGUUGUAGGAGAGGGGAACUGCUAUGCCCCUGAUACAUGUGCUUUCUGUGGGGGCUGUUCUGUCAACCAGGCCCGUUGCCAGAACCCCAAGACGGAAGGCUGCCAGUGCUACAAAUGA